CUAUUACAGGUCAAUUUAACGUGAUAAUUGUAUGAGCAAGUAACUACAAGUUUGAGAGUACAGUACGGUUAUGGCGUGUGUUUAUGGUGUUCAUAAUUCAAUAUUAUUAUACUAAUAAUGUCUGAUGGGGCUAAGCAGUGCCGUGCUGGACCAAAUUUGCAUGAUAAUCAGGCAAUAAUGCUCUGCACAAAAGGAAUUACGUUUAAAUAUGCAUCUCUAUCCUCUCCUACAAACCUAUAAAUAACCAAAGGCGGUUCAAAUUUUGAAGCAUAUUCAGAUCCAUACUACACUGGUGGGGACACACAAGAAAAAUAUACUUAUUAGGCAAACAAUGUCUUCUACAGGACUGCAGUUAAAUGUUCAAAAUGACUAUGUAAAGUUUAUCUUUUUUUGCCAAUCAUGCAUAUUCUUUAGAACUUAGUGCUAUUAACUUUGUUUUUUCAUAAUAGUUUCUUUUUUCUUGGUAGUAAUCACACACUUAAUAGUUGUUUUCGUUAGCUUUAGUAUGUAUCUGCCUUUGAGAAAUUAGCUUAGAAACAAGGGAAGCUCUGUCUUGCUGGUUGUUUGGUUUCUCUCUAUUCUCGGGCUGGAAAUCGAGACCUCGGUUAACAGUGUGAUGAUAAACAAUGCGGUUGUGGAAAUAACUUGGACAAAUCCAGGAGGAAUUAUCAAAGGAAUAAAGUACAAGGGAAUUGACAACUUGCUGGAACUAAACAACAAAGAUUUGAAUGGAGGGUUUUGGGACCUUAAUUGGAGCGAGGCUGGUAGUAAAAAACCAAGGGGAAAGUUUGACACGAUUGAAGGGACAGAUUUACAAGUUAUAGUGGAAAAUGAGGAGCAGAUUGAGCUUUCAUUCACAAGAAUGUGGAGUCCAGCAGUCAUGGGUGAACAAGCUCCUUUGUUUAUUGAUAGGAGAUUUGUAGUAUUCCGUGAUGUCCCAGGAUUCUACUCGUACGCCAUCUUUGAGCACACGAAAGAUAUGCCUGCUUUCAACCUUAACACCACCAGAAUCGCUUUCAUGCUCAAUAAAGAAAAGUUUCACUACAUGGCCAUAACAGAUGAUAGACAGAGAUUUAUGCCUAGUGCAGAAGACCGGCUUCCAGGCAGAGGUGAACCGCUAGCCUAUCCUGAAGCGGUUCUCCUCGUUGAUCCUAUAGAACCUGAGUUCAAAGGAGAGGUGGAUGACAAAUAUCAGUAUUCACUUGAAAACAGAGAUAAUCACGUGCAUGGAUGGAUAUGUUUUGACCCUCCUGUGGGGUUUUGGCAAAUCACUCCUAGCAAUGAAUUUCGAACAGGAGGACCUUUCAAACAAGAUUUAACCUCUCAUGUGAACCCGACCACCCUUGCCAUAUUUCUAACUUCCCACUAUGCUGGUACAGAUCUUCUGCUAAAAUUUGAAACCGGGGAGGAGUGGAUGAAAGUCCUCGGCCCCGUGUUCACAUAUUUUAACUCUGUAUCAGACAAAGAAAUGGCUCUGUCGCUUUGGGAUGACGCAAAAAGACAGAUGAACAAAGAAGUCCAAUCCUGGCCUUACAGUUUCCCAGCUUCUGAAGAGUUUCCUAACUCUGGUCAAAGGGGCGUAGUUAAAGGUCGAUUGUUAGUAAAAGACAGAUAUUUAAGCAAGGAAAAUUUACCUGGAAAAGAUGCAUAUGUAGGACUAGCAGCCCCGGGAGAUGCUGGAUCAUGGCAAAGAGAGAAUAAGGGUUACCAAUUUUGGACUACAACAGAUGAGGACGGAUACUUUGCUAUUAAGAACAUACGUGCAGGCUCAUAUAAUCUUUACGGAUUGGUACCUGGAUUUAUCGGAGAUUACAAGUAUGAAGUUGUAAUAACUACAACAGCAGGUUCUGAUAUUGAGUUGGGUGAGCUUGUUUAUGAGCCUCCGAGAGAUGGUCCUACCUUGUGGGAGAUCGGUAUCCCUGACCGCUCUGCUGCAGAAUUCUAUAUUCCUGAUCCAAACCCGAAAUAUGUUAACAAACUUUACAUAAAUCGAGACAAAUUUAGGCAGUAUGGUUUGUGGGAGAGAUAUGCAGAGUUAUAUCCUGAUAAUGAUUUAGUCUACACAGUUGGAGUCAGUGACUAUCAGAAAGACUGGUUCUUUGCUCAUGUUAACAGGAAUAUAGGCGACAAUGCAUAUCAAAGUACUACAUGGAAAAUCAAGUUCAAGAUUGAUAAUGUAGAUCAAGUUGGAGCAUAUACAUUGCGCUUGGCGCUUGCAGCUGCUAAUCAUGCAGAAUUACAGGUCCGGAUCAACGAUCCAACAGCAGAUCCUCCCCUACUUUCAAGUGGAGAAAUUGGAGGAGACAAUGCAAUUGCAAGGCAUGCUAUUCAUGGGAUUUACUGGUUGUUCAAUCUGACAAUACAUGGUUCUCUACUUUUGGGAGGAGAAAACACCAUAUUUUUGACACAAGCAAAGACAGCCAACAUUUUGCAGGGGAUUAUGUAUGACUAUAUUCGAUUGGAAGGUCGCUCAAGCUAGAGUGAAAGCCAUUAUUUAAUGUUUCCACAGAGCAAAUCCCAAUAGAACUACUACUCAUUUGUUGCUACUUCAUAAUGCAAAUAAAAUAAAAAAUUACAUUUCUAUAGCAUUCCAGCAUUUUAUAAACAUAGAGCUUCAUCAGCUUGAUAGACUUCUUCGUGUUGGACAGCCUGAGAUGGAUUUUACCUGCCAAUAUUUGGCUACUAGAUUGGGAGUCAAGUUUUUAUGUAUCAAAAUAAUAAAAUUUUCUCCCCUGGUAUUCACCUUUACUUUA